AUUUUGAUAUUUUUAUAAACUCAUUUACAGUGUUUGUAGGAGCGUGUGCGACUCAAAAAUGGAAACUCUAAUUCCUGAAGUUCAAAAAGAAAUUGAAAAAAUUGCAAAAAAUCAUGAUUUUGAAAAGUUUACUAUUGACAUUACAAAUACAGCAUCUGACGCAGGAGAUGGAUACAUAGGAGUAAUCGAAGCUGGAUGUCUUAAAGAUGAAAAUACCGAUAAAAAAAUAAAUCUAGUGUUGAAAAAAGCACCGACAAGUAUUAAUUUGAGAAAACAGUUUCCUGUAAGAGAAGCUUUUACACGGGAAAUUUAUAUAUAUGAAAAAUUAUUUCCAGAAUUUCUCUCGUUUCAAACUGAACAUAAUGUUACGAAAAUAUUUAAUAAUUUUCCAAAGUUAUAUGGAUGUGUUGAAGAUGAAUAUAAGGAAACCCUUAUUAUGGAAAACCUAAAAGAGUCAGGCUUUAAACUAGCAGAUCGAACAAAACCUUUCGAUGCAAAUCAUUUAAACUUAGUAAUAAGAACUUACGCCAAGCUGCAUGCAGUAUCUUAUGGCAUGAAGAAGUUAGAGCCAGAGAAGUUUAAAUUACUUAGUGAACGUAUUAGCAUAAAUAUAAUGAUGAUACAUCGGGAUCAAGCUAGAAAUGCGGAACGUGAAGAGACAUCAAAAUCGGAGGAAGGCCAAAAGGAGAAUAGAAAUAUGAUGGGAGCCGCACUACUUAAAUCCUGCUUUAAUGCUAUAAAAGACAGACCGGAUCUAACCUCAGAAUUACAAAAAUGUGUCAAAAAUAUUUUUGCGCAUACUACCGACAUAAAUAAAGAAAAGUACGCAGUUGUUAUCCACAGUGAUUGUUGGAGUGCAAACCUUUUAUUCAAGUAUGAGGAUGAAUCUAAGCCUUGCCUACCCACGGACAUCAGUAUUAUUGAUUGGCAAACCUCGUUAGUCAGUAACCCCAUGCAUGACAUAAGCUAUUUCCUUUUUGUCACAGCUGGAAAAGAAGAUUUGAACAAUUACAAAGGUUAUUUAAGGACUUAUUAUCAGGCAUUAUGCGAAAAUCUUAAUGAUUUUGGAAUAGAAGCCGAGUCAUUUUAUCCCUUUGAAUUGCUGGAGCAGCACUGGAAGAGAUAUUCCAGAAUAGGUUUCCUUAUGAGUUCAUCAAUGCUUCGACAAAGCUUAAGUACUACUAAAACCCGUGAUUUAUCUCAAAUGGCUGAUAAUGGGCAAAAUGUUUUUGAUGAAGAAGACUCUGAUGACGAUUCCGAAUUAUAUAAACAGCGAAUGAUAGACUUAGUAGAAUUUAUUAUUGAAAAUAAAUUUCUAGAAAUAUAAAUAGUUCUAAUAAAAAUUUUACAGCAAUAAGGCUUCUGUAUACUUAAACUUAUAUAAUAUAUAUACUUAAUAAAUAAUUAUAUAAUAAUGAAAUAUAUAUACGUAUAUUUAACACCUAUUUGUAGCAUUAAUCAUGUAGGUAUUAAUAAAUGUUAUUAACAUCUCUGUAUUAUAAUAA